AUGUUUCCCGCAGUCACCGGCAAUAUAGAUCUAGAGGCACUGAGUGGCAUAUGUGGAUCCAUCUCGAUUGCGUGCUGGGUGGUGGUCUUCUCCCCACAGAUCAUUGAAAAUUUUCGUCGCGGCUCAGCUGAUGGCCUUUCGCUUCUUUUCCUCAUCGUCUGGCUUGCCGGCGAUGUGUUCAACAUCCUCGGUGCCGUCCUGCAGGGCGUCCUGCCAACCAUGAUAAUUCUCGCGGUGUACUACACUUUAGCCGAUGUGGUGCUCUUAGCACAAUGCUUCUACUAUCGGGGAUUCACACUGCGCGACGAACCAUCCUCGCCGCCGCGGCCUGUCUCUCCCAUCACAGCAGAAACUUACGACGAGGACACUGAGAUUCCCUCCCCUGUCGUGCCUCGGAAGCCCACAGAGCGCACCGCGUUGCUUACCUCCAAACAACGCACCACCUUCUUCAACGGUUCGGCCAUCAUCCUCGUCUGUGCCGCCGGCAUCCUGGGCUGGUACAUCAGCCAAACGUCAUCACUCUCAUCGGACAAGAAUAACAACAACAAGCAUAAAGACAGCCCUGAUGACCUGAAAAUGGACACACUAGGCCAAGUUUUCGGCUACCUCUGCGCAGUCCUGUACCUCGGUUCCCGCCUCCCACAGAUCCUCCUCAAUUAUCGCCGCAAGUCAACAGACGGUGUUUCCCUGCUCUUCUUCCUCUUCGCCUGUAUCGGCAAUUUGACCUACGUCCUUUCCAUCUUGGCGUAUUCGCCUGUGUGUGAACGCUCGCAUCAUGGUCGGUGUCGAUCUGAUGAACUGGCAUCGCUGUAUGGUCGAUAUAUCCUGGUCAAUCUGUCUUGGCUGAUUGGGAGCUUUGGCACGUUAUUGCUGGAUAUGUGUAUCUUUAUUCAAUUUUUCUUGUACCAGGAUGCGAAUGGGGGUGAGGUGGAUGCAGAGGCGAGGUAA